AGAGGCCUAAGAAAUAAAAACCAAGCAAAACGUCUAAAUCUAGUCCCUAAUCUCCCAAAACCCCAAAAUUCCCAGUGCCGACAGCCCAACCACUCACACGGUCACACUCACCACCUUCCGGCGUCCACCAGGCCGCCACCAUCGUACUUCAUUCGUCCUUCACCGCUCCACCAUCAUCGUCUUUCACGCCUUGACCACAAAGAAGUAGAAUAAAUCAUCAAGAAGAAAGAACAAGAUGAAGUUGGAUGUCGAUGUUUUGAGAUAUCUCUCCAAAGAUGAUUUUAGGGUUCUAACUGCUGUCGAGAUGGGCAUGAGAAAUCAUGAAAUCGUGCCCUCAGACCUCAUCGGUCGUAUUGCUUCCCUCAAGCAUGGAGGCACUUAUAAGGUCUUGAAGAACUUACUCAAGCAUAAGCUAGUGCACCAUGAUUCUUCCAAAUAUGAUGGCUUUCGUCUCACGUACCUUGGCUAUGAUUUCCUUGCCAUUAAAACCAUGGUCAACCGCGGAGUCUUUACUGCUGUUGGUCGUCAAAUUGGGGUUGGCAAAGAGUCCGAUAUCUUUGAGGUUUCCAAUGAAGAUGGUACUGUGAUGGCAAUGAAGUUGCAUAGGCUCGGUAGAACGUCCUUUAGGGCUGUCAAAUCUAAGCGUGAUUACUUGAGACAUCGUAGUAGUUUUAACUGGCUCUAUUUGUCUCGGUUAGCUGCACUCAAGGAAUUUGCGUUUAUGAAGGCUUUGGAAGAGCAUGGUUUUCCCGUACCAAAUGCUGUGGACUGUAAUAGACAUUGUGUUGUUAUGUCACUUAUCCAAGGUUAUCCGCUUGUUCAGGUGAAACAGUUGCAAAAUCCAGAGACAGUUUUUGAAACAAUCAUUGGCCUUGUUGUUCGUCUGGCAGAACAUGGUCUCAUUCAUUGUGACUUCAAUGAGUUUAACAUAAUGAUUGAUGAUGAUGAAAAGGUGACAAUGAUUGAUUUUCCCCAAAUGGUAUCUGUUUCACACCGUAAUGCGCAGAUGUACUUUGAUCGUGAUAUAGAAUGCAUUUUUAAGUUUUUUGGCAAGAGGUUCAACUUGUCCUUUGAAGAAUGCUCUGAUGAUAUUGAUGAUGAUGAAAGUAGCAGACCUUCCUUUUCUUCAAUAACCAAAACUGCUGGUUUUCUUGACAAGGAGCUUGCUGCAAGUGGAUUUACGAGAAAAGAUGAGGAUGACAUUCAGAAAUUCAUUGAAGGUGAUGUCGAAGAUGAUGAUGUUUCUGAUGAUGAACAUGAUUCUGAGUUAAGUCAAACAAAUAUAAAGGGCUUUGAUUCAUUGCACUUAGAUCAGGAAGAGUCAACUUCAAGAUGUAACGAGGAAGGUCAAGUAGUUGAAAACCUCCAAAGCCCUGAAGUAGGCCAGAGUGGUGAUCCUGAAAGUCAAAACUUGAGCAGCAAUGAGGGUGACGAAAAUGAUGACACUGAACUCGUGAAGAGCUUGGCGAAGCAGAGACGACGAGUGAUGGCAGCAGCACGCAAAGGGCAUCAUAAGAAUAGCACAUCUAGAAAUUCCUACAAAGACAAAGGGGGUAAAUCUUCUAAUAAUUCUAAAAUCCAGAAACAACUGGCUAGUUGGUAAACUUUAGUAAUUUAUCCAACACAAGCUGAGUUAAAAAAAAACGUACAUCUCAAUAGGGAUGAUUCAAUUUUAUAGGGUUUUUUUUUUUUUUUUUUUGGUUUUUGGCUUUACCAAGAACAUCUUGUUUAAUGAUCAAAUUAUCAUUUUUGUGCUAUGGAUUUUUAGUUUUUAUGUGUA